UGCUUUCUGAGCGUAUGACUGGAUACAGAGCUACGGGCACGCUGGUACUUUGGACUUUUGCCAGGGCUAUUGAAUAUUUCGCCGCCAGCAGUUUUGAACAAAUUCCACACUGUGUGAGCACCGAGUGGUGUAAGGACUUCACUCCAAGGCAAUGUUCCUGGUUUCCAAGUGCGUUUGAAUGCUCGCUCCUGGUGGCUGGUGUUGAUUGUCCAAAGGAACGUGCUGAAGCUCGGAAAUGUGGGACCAACCUUGUUUUAGCAAUACAGGCAAAGGAUAUCAUAAACCAGUUCCUGAAAAACCAAGGCCAGAUUCCUGAAAUGAGUGUCGAAGAAAUUUCUUUGAUGGCAUUGAAAUAUUCGAUGGAGAGCGCCGAGGAGCUUAUGGGACUCAAUGAGGACACCUUUUACCGCGGGGCGCCAAGUGACGCGGUCGUCAAUGAUUACGCCUAA